AUGGCGCUCGCCUGUCCGUCCUCCGUGUCCUUCAAGUCCUUCCAAGGGCUCAAGGCCAGUCCUGCUGUCUCGUCCCAAGCGCGCAUUAGUCGCUCUAAUGUAGCUUUCCCGAAUGCCGCGUCCAAGCGUCUGGUAGCCGUCGCGGCCGUUGCAGAGGCACCAGCAGCUGCCGGCCCGGCAGUUCUGCCGGUCCUGACCAUGGACGGUGCGAACUCCGGCAAGACGGCGGAGCUGAACCUGCGGACGGCACGGCCAGAGACGGCAAAAGCCGUUGUCCACCGCGCCGUGGUCACCUACAUGCAGAACAAGCGCGCGGGUACCGCGAGCACGAAGACCCGCGCGGAGGUGCGGGGAGGCGGGCGGAAGCCGAUGAAGCAGAAGGGAACCGGCAGCGCUCGCCGGGGAUCGCAGCGGACGCCGCUGCGCCCCGGUGGUGGUGUGGUGUUCGGGCCUAAACCCAAGGACUGGACUAUUAAGAUCAACAAGAAGGAGAAGCUGCUCGCCGUGGGGACCGCUCUGCAGAACGCGGCGACCGCGAAUGGCGGCGCGAGCUUCAUCGUGAUCGAGGACGUCCACGACAAGGUCGCGGCGCCUAAGACUAAGGACUUCGUCGCGGCGCUCGCGCGGUGGGGCGUGGAUUACAAGAAGGACCACGCGCUGCUGCUUACCGGCGAAGCGUCGGAGAACCUGCUGCUUUCGACGCGGAACAUUGAGAAUCUGAAGGUGGUGACGCCGAACGCGCUGAACAUCUACGACGUGCUGCGCGCCGAUAAGCUGCUGGUGACGGAGUCCGGGCUUGAGUACCUUAACCAACGGUUCGGCGAUGACAUUCUGUUUGUAGAUGGCGAGGAGGAUGAGGAGGAGGGAGAGGAGGCUGCCUUCCCCUCCACUCCUCACACCUCCUGCCUCCGCUUCCCUCACGCCUCCUGCCUCCUCACGUCUCUUCCCCCUCUUUUCACAUGCGUGCCAUUUCUUCCCUCUCCCUCCUCCCCUGCUUCCAUGCCCCCUCUCCUCGCUUCUUGCCAACUCUUUCCCUCCUGCCGACUCCACCUCGCUUGCCCCAUUUUGGACCUUUGCCCUCUGGCAAGUUCCUUCCCUCCCCUCCCAAUUCCCUGCCGUGCUUUUUUCCUUCCACUCAUUGCCAAAUCCAUUCUACCUUCUGCCGCCUGA